GGUAAGUGCAUGCUGCGGAGCCUGUGUCUGACAGACCGGGAGUUCCACUGGAAGACACUGCGCCGAACAGGUCUCGGAUGUUAUCCUUUCUCCUGAGCCGCGGACAACAUUUCAUCUAGCCAGGUGCAACCAGGACUCUGUCUUCCUUGGAUUUUAGUGUUCUACUGACGCCAACCUUGUGAUAUUUGGAGAGAGGACAGAUUCUUCGGGGCCCAGCGUGACUCAUCGCCCGAAGUCCCGAAUCAGCUAACCAGAAAGAGAGACCCCAUCCCUUGUUGACCCUCCCCGGUUGCUAGCUUGCACCACCAGCAUGGCAGACAGUCGACAGCCAGAAGACGGCGCCCCCCAGUGGGACCCGUCAGGAGGGCAGGAGCCUGGUGGCACCCAUGGAGCCAACGGCUACUCCUCUUCAGCCUACAGGUCCUGUCAGCCGAGCGGAGCCCACGUGGCCACGGCCCCCUACUCUGCGAGGGAGAACGGCUUCAAUGGGGAGCUAACUGGAGCUCACGCUAUAACUGCAGAACAAGUGUCGGCACGGAUCGUGCAGGAAGUGACGGCAGAAGCGGUGGCGGUGCUGAAGGGGGAACAGGAGACUCAGCGGCUGCCAUCAGUUGAAGACACCGCCAACUUGCCUCCCUCCCCUCCGCCUUCCCCCGCUGCAGAGCACUUUGGUCCCCUGGAACAAGAUGUAGGGGAUGAGGAGGAGGCGGGGCCUCUCCGCCGCUUCCAAAAUUCUCGGGAGAGGUGCAAGUUCCUCGCCCCCUCCAUCUCAGUUUCCGUGCCUGAGGACGACCCCUACCACUCCGACGAGGAGUACUAUGAGCACCCAUUGUUCAGCCCAGAGUGGACGCACUCGGGCUCUCGCCCCACAGGGCAGGCCGUGGCCUUUAGACAGAUUGAAGAAGAGACCAUGGAGGCUCUUACAGCUGAAUACGAGGAGGAGGUGGAAGAGGAGGAGGAGGAGGAGAGUGCAGAAGCAGCAGAGUCCGAUGCAGCUCUUGAUGAGCAGCAGUGGAGUGGGGAAGAGCCCGAGCUGGACAGCCCCCAGGCUGAGCCCUUAGAGCAGGCAGAGGCCGUAGACGAGGCCCAGGAUCUAGACCUGGAGCCGGCCGAGGCAGCUAGUGCUGCAGCAGAAAGCUCUUUGGACAGAGAGGAGGAUGAGGAGGAAGUAGAGGGUGAGGAGAGCCCUGAGACAGCCUUGAAGAUGGACUCAGACAAGCAAGACAGUGGGUCCAUGAGCCCAGACAGCAUUGGAUCGGAGAAACGCCCAGAGGAGUUUUUUGAGCCCCAGAUCCAAGGCUUCUUCGCUGGUGAACGGGUUGUACCAGAGAGCCCCACCAUGGAUAUGCCAUCCUUUGUACCUCCAGAUGUUCAAAACCAAGCCAAAGAAUCUUCCAAAUCACUCACACUACAGCCUACAUACGGUGAGCCGAUCACAGUGUCAGAGAAACAGCCAUCAGUGGAGGUGGUGGAGAUCAGCAGCAUUGGUGCUCCCUCGGAGUUCUCUUCCUUGGGAAGAAAAGUUCAUGAAGGAGAUUCAGCAAGAGAUGCAAGCGACAGAUCUGGCAUGUCAGCAUAUUUUGAAACAUCAGCCGUGGAGGUUGAUGAAGGUCCCCGCUGUAAGGGUGAGGGUUAUUAUGAACUGAGUAGAGCUGGUGACGACAAGACUACCACUGAAUCCAAGUCUCAGGAGAUCAGCUACAGCACACUAGCUGAAUCUCAGGAUAAACCUGAAACUAAGAAAAGUACGGCAGAAGGCAGUAGCAUGUUUACAGUUCCUGACAGGAGUAAUGAAUGCAGGCUUUCCCCGGGUAAGCUCGCUUUAGAGCAGAGGAGUUACUCACUUAACAUCACCAUCGGUGCAAUGGAUCCGAGCGGCCAAGGCAGACCUAGAAACUUCUCCCCACUGGCUACAGACAUCAUGUCAUACACUAGUGGAAGUCUAGAUGAGUCUGCAGACUACCUUCCAGUUACCACACCCUCUGUGGAUAAGCCUCCAUCUUUCCCUCCUCUGAUCCUGGAGACUGCUGCAUCCGUCACUUCAGAUUCCUCAUCUCCUCCGAGGACCACCGAAGCACCUUCAAAAUCUAGCCCUGAACCAGAGUCCCCAGAAUCGCCUCAGCCAUCUAAGAGCGCCUAUAAAAAUGGCACAGUGAUGGCACAAGACUUGCCUGAGAUGUUGGACCUCGUUGGUACCCAUUCCCGACUGCCUUCAGAUAACACUGACCCAGAAAUCAUUCGUAGAAAGUCAGUUCAGGGUGAUCUUCCUGCCUUCACCGAUGACCCAAUGGCUAGCCUGAUUUCAGGGGAACAGAGUCCUGGGGCUAGAAAGAGUGAGAGCCAGUUAGAGGAGAUGGGCUAUUGUGUAUUCAGUGAAUAUUCAGGGCCCAUGCCAUCCCCUGCAGAUGUGUUCAGCCCGACAGACGCCUCGGCUCAAGCCUUCACCCCUUCUGUCCUGGAGGAGAAAGUAGCUGAGCAGGCAAGGAAAUUAGCAGUCAGAGAUACUUCUGUAGAAGACAAGAGUCAACCACCAGAAGUUGGUGAAGUGGUUGUAGAGAAGGGCCAAAAGCAGGAAGAGAUAAAAGAUUCAGCUGAGGAAAAAAGCAAAGACGUUGUAGAUGAUCAUCUGACUAAAACUGUAAGCGAGCCACCUCUUACCCAGCCAAUCGAGUCCUUCGUUACACCAACAGUCACUGUGACUCUAGAAGAAGGUGGGAGGUCAGGCAGCGAGACCGAACGGCAAGCCAGCGGUGAAGGCUCCGCGUCAGAAACCGAGAUAGCGGACUAUGAGAGGCAAAUCCGAAAACUGGAGAUGGAGGACAGGCCUCUAAGUCUGGAGGAGGAACGAGAACUUCAGGAGCUCAGGGAGAAGGUGAAGCUGGUGCACCAGGAAGCCUAUGAGGAGGUAGAUGCUGAAGAUGUGUACCAACUAACUGGUGUGGCCAAAGACCGAAUAGCCAGACCUGUCAAAACAUCACCUGCUUCAUCCGUUGAAAGCAACAUCGAUGAUGACAAGCUGCUCUCUCCAGUACUCUCACCAUCCAAACUUAAACAAAGAGAAAUCUAUGGUUCCCCAAAGAGAUCAGUUUCACCUGUGUUGGGGGUCAACAAAGACGAGAAAGAUGAACCAGGAAGAAAAAUGAAGGAAGAGCAAGAGAAGGAAGCAGCUGAGAAGAAACCGAAAGAAGAGGAAGAGAAGAAAAUCAAGGAAGAGGCAGCAGAAAGGAAAGAAAAGGAGAUGAAAGAGAAAGAAGAGCAGGAAAGGAGAGAGAAAGAGGAGGCAGAAAGGAUACUGAGGGAAGAAAAAGAAAGGCAGGAGAAAGAACUGGAGAUGAAAGAGAGAAAGGAAAGAGAGGAAAAAGAAAGAAUAGAACAAGAGUUGAGAGAAAAGGAAGAGAAAGAAAAAAUUGAGAAAGAAAUAAAAGAAAGGGAAGAGAAAGAAAAGCUUGAGAAGCAACUGAAAGAAAAGGAAGAGCAUGAGCAGGCUGCUCAGGUGAACAAAAAAGCUGCGGAUGAGCCUGAAGUGGAAGCAGCCAUAAAAUCUGAUGAGAAAGGAGCUGAACAGUUGAAAGAGAAAGAUGAGGAAAGUGUGGUGGAGAAAGCAGGGGGAGAAGAGAUGAAGGAGAUACCAGAGACUCGUGCUGCCAUUGAAUCGGUGGUGACCGUCGAAGAUGAUUUCAUCACUGUGGUCCAAACCAUCGACGAAGCUGAGGAACCGGGGCACAGCGUCCGAUUCUCGGCUCCACCCGAGGCUGAAGCCCUUUGUGUGGCUGAACAGACAGAAGAAGAGGAGGAGGAAGAGGAAGAGGAGGAGUCUGUGGAGUUGGCACAGGAAGCAGACAUUGAGGCUGCCAGUCUAGAGGAGGUCGGCGAUGUUCCUGAAACCCCCGCCUCCCCCGAGAGGGAGGCUCAGACCAUAGAAACAGAAGAACCAACAGAAAGCUAUGAUCGAGAUGAAACCACAAUGGAUGACUCCAUCCUGGACAGCUCCUGGGUCGACACACAAGACGACGAUAAGAGUAUGCUAACAGAGCAGAUUGAGCCUUUGCCUAAGGUGCGUACUCCAGUCAAAAAGCACGCUGAUGUCCAGAACAAGCAGACACAACAGCGGAAGUUGGAGAAACAAGAAAAGCCCGUUAAACCCAAGACCAAGGGAGGGCGGGCUAAAGGCCGAAUCUCCACACCGGAGCGCAAACCUGUUCGCAAAGAACCCGUCUACAUCCCCAGAGAGGAAGUCAAGAAGAAAAAAGCUGUGAUAAAGAAGACUGAGCUCACCAAAAAAAUGGAAAACCAAUCUCAGUCUCCAUCCAAGAGGAGUGGGAUGAAACCAGCAGUCCGCCAGACCCGUCCCACUCAGCACCACUCCUGCCCCAGGAGGAGACCCACAGAAGCGCUACCAGACGGCCGUCAGCCUCUCAGCGUUGCCAGACAGUCUCGUGACAGAGCAUCGGACGGUGGGUCACGGAGCCCAGAAAAGAGGUCCUCUCUGCCGCGGCACGCCUCCAUUCUGACUCGCCGUGCAUACCAUGACCAAGAGGAGAGUUCUACCUCUAUCACGAGCUCCGGCUCCACUGCUCCCCGCAGACCCACAUCUUUUCGCACUGAGAUGAGGGCAGAGCACAGGACAGGGCGAGCCCCUAGUAUGACAGUUACAGAAUCGAUGCGCUCCCGCUCGGCUCGCAGUGGCCACUCCACCCCCCGCACCCCCGGAUCCACCGCCAUCACCCCAGGAACCCCUCCCAGCUACUCGUCAUCCUCGAGGACCCCCGGGACCCCGCGCUCCCUCAGUUUGAUCUCCCAGGAGAGGAAGGUGGCCGUGGUGCGCACCCCACCCAAGUCGCCCGCGACCACGCCCAAGCAGCUCCGCAUCAUCAACCAACCACUGCCCGACUUCAAGAAUGUCAGGUCCAAGAUCGGCUCCACGGAGAAUAUUAAGUAUCAGCCCAAAGGAGGACAGAUUCAUAUAUUAAACAAGAAGCUGGACUUCAGUCACUUACUGUCAAAAUGCAGCUUCAAGGCCUAUCUGAAGCACUCAGCUCGUGGAGCCAACGUUCUCAUCCCCACUGUUAAGCUGGACUAUAGCCAUGUUCAGUCUAGGUGUGGGUCCUUGGACAGGCGGGGCUACUCAGCACGAGGUGGAAACGUCCAAAUACAGAACAAGAAGAUCGACCUGAGCCAUGUGACCUCCAAGUGCGGUUCUCUAGACAACAUUCAUCAUCGGCCAGGGGGCGGCAACGUGCGCAUAGAGAGCGUGAAGUUGGACUUUAAAGACAAAGCCCAAGCCAAGGUGGGUUCCCUGGAUAAUGCUCACCACAUUCCUGGUGGAGGCCGCGUCACGAUCGAGAGCCACAGGCUGACGUUCCGUGACCAGGCCAAGGCCCGAGUGGACCACGGCGCAGACAUCGUCGUCCAGUCGCCCGGCCUCUCCGGCUCGGUGUCCCCCCAACGCCACCGCGACAGCCAGCUAUCGUCCUCCGGCAGCCUCAACAUGACCGAGUCCCCGCAGCUGGCGACCCUGGCCGAGGACGUCACCGCGGCUCUGGCCAAGCAGGGUUUGUGAACACUUGGAUCUGUGGCCUGCUGCUCUGCGGCGCCCCCGUCCCAAACAUCCUCACCCUGAUCCCCGUAAACUUUUCUGCCCUCUCCUGCCACCCUGAGGCCGACCGGUUAACACCACUACUCAGCUAAACCACAGCCUCUAAACACCUUUACUUCAAGAUCCAUCACUCAACACUUAAGUAGAGACUCAAAUUAGGAGCUACUGUACUUUGGUCCUCUUGAAACCGUUUCCUAUUUUAAACAUAAACAUGUGCUAUUUCUGACUCAUUUUAUCGAUCUCCCUUUUUUUUUUUUGAAUGAUGUUGCUUAGAAUAGUUCGGUCCGAGCACCGGCCCUAGAUUAAGUGGUAUAUCUGCUUCAUAGUGGGGACCCAGUAUUGGCUUGACUGGUUUUGGAUCCGUGUUUUGAAGAAGCUGCAGCUUUUUUUUCUUUUUCUUUUUCUACUUUAAAUCAGACGUAAUGUGACCACCUCACCAUGCCGCACGUAUUGUUCUUGCUCAGUAAACGUGCAUGGACGCCAGACACCCCACCGCCCACCCACCCCGCCAAAAAAAAAACAAAACAAAAACAAAACGACCUUACUGCAAGUCAUUCUUCUCAUCCAGUAUAUGAUAUAUUUAACAAAUAUAUAUAGAAACGUGUAUAAAAUACAAGUUCUUUGCCAUCCUCGUGUCCUCGAAACAUUUUAAAAGGAAGUGACAACAUGGCUAUAAAAUAUAACUGUAAAAUUGCAUUUAUGCAAGAACUAGGUCGCGUUAAGACAAGCAUGUAUGGAUUCAAAUAUUAAAAGAGGCUAUUUUGUAAUUACAAAAAAAAAAGGAUUUUAGUAAGUUAUUUCCUCAUCUAUUGGAUAAAAAUGAAACAAAUUCAUGUUUUGUAGUUAAUAGUUGUUUACAGUGUAAUGCUUGGUGACAGUGUCAGACAGCUGAUUUGGUGUUGCUAAGGAAUGCAUCUCGGCCCUGUCGGAGAGCCACACACACACACGCACACACACACACGCACACACGCUCGCUCGCGUCAGUUCAACACAGCAGCUCGUAUGCGCGUCAGAACAACGUCUAACGCCGGGGCUCGUCCUCCAAAAGUCAGCGGCCGAGACGUGGUGACGGCUCGCUUCACCGCGAGGACGGCGCUCGAGUUUGAGACCUCGAUAUCUGGCGGGAGAUGCAGCUAUCCUGAAACCUGUCUGUGUGUGCAUUUGGUGCAGAUCCCUUUCCGUUUUCGCGGCGGACGCUUCCGUGCCUGGAUGUUUAUGUUGCAAUAUGUUGGAGAUGAAGUUGGGGGGGGGGGGGGGAAGGGGAAAUAAGUGAUGUUUUGAAAAAUCCUGAAAAAGACACUCCUGUUUUAUCUGUUAGGGAAAAAAAAAAGUGUUCAGGUGAUCUAGUUUUUCUUUCUCGGACGCCACAUGUAGUACGCCCCCCCGCCUAUUUACUGCCCUCACUUGCGACUGUUUGUUUGCUUCUGUGUUUUUUCUGCAUUGCCCAUCUCUGUGUGCCCUCUCCCCCUCCCACACCCCCUCUCCCCCUCCCUGCUCCACCCCAAGGCAACUGUAAAUGUAUUUAAAAGGUAGAUGUGCGCAGUUUUUCUCUUGUUGAUAUGACACCAGUUACAAUAAUUAAUGACAAUAAAAAGGAGAAAAGGUGAUGCUGGAGUGCUGUUUUCUUUUCUGACGGCCGUGACAGAGGAGCGGAGUGGCAGAUCGGUGCAGCUGCUGACCAAAUUAGAUAAAUCAAAAGUCACAAGUUGUGUCCUUAAUAAAGCUAAUCCACCGCUAGCUGAAGCUUCAUAAUUGAGAGUAGUACAGAUGUUUCAUCUGGCAUUCAUCUGUGUAUGUAGCAUAUGUUGCAAAAUGUACUGUACGCAUCUGACUGAAGUGACUACCCCGUAUAGCAGUGAGAAAAAUAAAUAGAGAGUCAAAAAUUGGGAAAUAAAAUGGGAGUUUGACAAUUUAUUGUGAAAUGGCAGAGGAUACAAUAAAUUAAGACUCAGGGAUGGGAUGGGUGAGGAGUGGAUUCAUUUUGAUGGCCAGUCCUGGGCCAAACCAGUCACUUUAUUGACAGAUUGAGAGCCAGACAGCAAGAGGGAGGGGGGGCGGUCAUUUUCAUCCCACCUUUCACCCUCCAUCACUGUUCCUCUGUGACAACAAAAAACCCCAAUCAGACCAGAGAGGAUGAGGAAGGGAGGGCUCGGGGGAACACGAGGGAAAGGAACUCCUUGUGACGAGUCGGGAGGGCAGCAACCCGAGAGCGGGAGGAGAACGAUAGAAGAAAAGAAAAAGCACCAGUUUGGACAAAAAGAGGAAGGAAAAAAAGUGUAGAACAAAAACAAAAGAAAAA